AUGCAUCCCACCCGCCGAUCGUUGCUGGGGAGCACAGCCCGGGCAGGGCCUCGCUCCUUUGCUCCGGAAGGCUUUAAUUUGCACACUCGCCCGCCCGCCGCCGGGUGGGUCCGAGACCCCGAGGCUCGCAGCGAGGUCCCCGCCCCGCCGCGCAGCCUCCCGGCCUCGGGCCCCCAAUCGCGGCCGGAGACCCGAGCCUCCCCGCGGGCGGGCGGCGCCCUCCUCCGCCGCCCGUCCCUCCGCUCUCCGCCGCUGUGCCCACCCCUGCCCGCAGAGCGCUGCUCGCCCCGGCCGGCCGCACUCAGUUACCUGCUCCGCGCGGUGAGCACGUGCGGGGGGCCGGCCGACACCCCAGCUUCGCCGGAGGCCCGCGCCCCUGGCCCGCAGGUGCAGAGAUUGUGGGCAGACUAUGUAAUCGCCGCCCGCCGAGGGGGAAGAGGAGGGAUCGGCGCUCUCCGGCGGCGGCGGCGCGGCUCGGCUAGGCGGAGUUUCGCGGCGGCGGCGGCGACUGCGCCCGGCUUUCGCCCGCGGGCGACGAGGUCGCUCUGUCCAGCCCGGCGGCGGCGGCGGCGAGUGCGACCCCGGGCGUCCCCGAGGCGUGCAGGGCAGCGAGCGCACUCUCUUGACCCCUCGGCACCGCACCGGCGGCAGCGUCCAGCCAGCAUGGAGAAGGACGGCCUGAGCCGCGCCGACCAGCAGUACGAGUGCGUGGCGGAGAUCGGCGAGGGCGCCUACGGGAAGGUGUUCAAGGCCCGCGACCUGAAGAACGGCGGCCGCUUCGUGGCCCUGAAGCGCGUGCGAGUGCAGACGGGCGAGGAGGGCAUGCCGCUCUCCACCAUCCGCGAGGUGGCGGUGCUGAGGCACCUGGAGACCUUCGAGCACCCCAACGUGGUCAGGUUAUUUGAUGUGUGCACAGUGUCACAGACAGACAGAGAGACCAAGCUUACACUAGUGUUUGAGCACGUUGAUCAAGACUUGACCACUUACUUGGAUAAAGUUCCGGAGCCUGGAGUCCCCACAGAAACCAUAAAGGUCCACCUGUUCCUGUCUGAUGAUGAUAUUUGCAUAGAAAGCUUG